AUGAAGCUCUCCCUCGCCCUCGCCCUCGUCGCCCCGGCCGCGGCCUUCCAGCAGUCCUCGUCGACGGCCAAGGCCGCCAGCGUCGUCGCCAAGGCCGGCGAGUUGCCCGUGCCCGAGAUCGGCCUCGACCCCUUCCUGUCCAUGUCGACGGUCGUGCCGUCGGGCAAGUUCUGGGACGAGCAGGAGUCGCUCGCGCGCCGCCGCGCCGUCGAGAUCAAGCACGGCCGCAUCGCCAUGACCGCGUUCAUCGGCAUGAUGGUCCAGGAGCUCGGCAUCACCUUCCCCGGCUCCAUCACGCUCGACGGCUCCGUCCAGUUCUCCGACAUCGGCUACGGCUUCGACGCCAUCGAGAACAUCCCCAAGUUCGGCCUCUUCCAGAUCGUCGCCUUCGGCUUCAUCGCCGAGACGGCGGCCAUGCCCGCGACCCAGUACACGGGCGGCCCCCAGAACCUCCCCGGCGGCUACGACGGCUCCGCGGGCACGAUCCCCGGCGGCUACCCCUUCACGAACCAGAUCGAGGACCCCACGGCCCGCCAGCGCGCCCUCACCUGCGAGCUCCAGAACGGCCGCGCGGCCAUGCUCGGCGUCACGGGCGCCAUGCUCCACUCCCAGCUCGACUCGUGCGACCACCACUUCUUCUACCCCAUCACGCACAACUAA